ACUUCCCCGCCCCCCCAUUAUUAUUAUUAUUAUUAUUAUCAGAGCUGCUCUAAAUACAGAAAUGGACGGUCCGAUGCCGACGACCAAACCUUCAUAGACAGCGACGUCCUCUACAGCUCGACACGACAUGGGGAAAGGCUGUAAAGUGGUGGUGUGUGGCCAGGCAGCAGUUGGGAAGACUGCUAUUCUGGAGCAGCUACUGUAUGGCACUCACAACGUGGGUUCGGAGUCCAAUGAAACCCAAGAAGAUGUAUAUGUGGCGUCGGUGGAGACCGACCGUGGUGUGAAGGAACAGUUGAGGCUCUACGAUACCAGGGGGCUCCACGAUGGACUGGACCUCCCCAAGCACUAUUACUCUGUGGCAGAUGGCUUCGUGCUUGUCUACAGCGUCGACAGCAUGGAGUCCUUCAAGAAGGUGGACGUACUGAAGAAGGAAAUAGACAAGUCCAGAGACAAGAAAGAGGUGAUAGUCAUCGUUCUGGGGAACAAGGCGGACCUACGGGAACAGCGUCAGGUGGACCAGGAGGCGGCCCAGCAGUGGGCCAGAGGAGAGAAGGUGAAGCUGUGGGAGGUGAGCGUCGCCGAGCGCGGCUCUCUCAUCGAGCCCUUCACGAUGCUCACCAGCCGCCUCACCCAACCUCAGAGCAAGUCUGCGUUUCCUCUGCCCGGCCGCAAGAGCAAGGGCAUACCCGCCAACGACAUGUGAACUGGAACGCCGCCCCUCUUCCAUUUCUGUUCUACCCGCUUUUCAACUCGUCCUGUCCUGUCCUGUCCUGCCCUGCGGUGGGACUGAACCUACUUUAAGAUCCAUCUCAAGCGCCUGAACUGAGGUAUAGUAAUACUUGAAGUGUGGCCCGGCAGCAAUAAUACGUGUAUUGCCAUCUUUUGUAACGUGUGGUUUCGUACUAAACGUCUGGCGUUCACUGCACUCCGGUGUGGCCGAGCCUUGAAUCAAAACGGGCCCGUCACCCUAAAUUUUAGCUAGUCGCCCAUCUAGCGGUAGAAAUGUAAGUAUUAGAGAUAGAAUUUAUUUUUUAACUAAUUUAUUUUGUCACUUAAAUGAACCACAUUCCUGAACGUUUAGUGAGAGGGCAGUAGAGCAUUGUGAAGAACAAACGGUACUGUUUUAAUUUGUCCUGUGUAUUUCUACAGCUUAAUAAACGAUGCACCGCCGGUUGUACGAAGUGUUCUGAAUCAUGGCGACCGAUGAACGCUGUAGUCCCGAUGACCGGGGUUAUUUUACCGACAGCAGGUUAAGCCGGUGCUUGCUGCGUCGGUGUGUUUGAAUCCCAGAGAAACGUUUGAAAUAAAAGGCUCCGUGCCGCCGUCGGCACCAAGCUAAAACCAA